AUGAAUUGCGGGGUUUAUGAAAAUAAAGCAGAUGAGGAUAGAUUGAAAGAGGAUAUUAUAAAUAGUAAUAGAAAUGAAGGAAUAUCAAAAGAGUUAUUAAACAAAAAUAUUGAUGAAAAGAAAAUAAGUGUAUAUUUAAGAGAUUUUAAUUUUUAUGAAAUUGAAAAGAAAGAAUUAACAUAUAUAGAAAUAUCUCCAUGUAAAAGUUAUAUGAGUAUAUGUGAUUCAUUUUGUAAUAUAUAUAUUUAUAAAAUAUUAAUAAACGAUUUUUUAUUUUUAUCAAAAUUAGAUAUAUAUAGUACAAACACAACAAUUAUAAAAUCUAUAAUAUGGAUAAAGAAAAAGAAAAAAGAGAAAACAAAAAAUUUUAAUUUAUCUAAUAUCGAUAUUAAUGAUUAUAUAUUAGGUAUAUCAACCUUAUGUGGAAAUAUAAUUUUUUAUGAUAUUAAUUGUAAAAACAUUAUAUACAAAAUAAUAACAAAUGCAAGUAUAAGUAGUUGUAAAUUAAAUAAUAGUUUAGAAAAUUUUGGAAUAUGUAAUUUAAAUGGAUAUUUUUAUUUAUUCAAUAUAUAUAAAAAUGAAGAAGGCAAAAUAUAUAAUUGUUUUGACAAAUUUUAUGAUACAUAUGUGAAUAAUAAUAAAUAUGGUUUGAAUAAUAAUAUGCAAUAUAUUACCAAUAAGAGGAUAAGACUUUCUACAGAUAUAGGGCAUUUGGCAGGCCAAAAUGACGAACAUGCAAAUAUAUCAAUUUGUAAUAAUAAAAAUUAUGAUAAUUAUAAAAAUGAUGAUAAUUAUAAUAAUUAUGAUAAUUAUAAUAAUUAUGAUCAUCAUGGGGAUGAUCAAGAUGUAUCAAACAUAAGUCAUCAUAUAACAACCGACAAUCCUAACAAUAUGAAUCAUAUGAAUGAUUCGUUUAUAGACCAAAAUGAUAUAUUCAACAUUUAUAUAAAAAAUAAAUUUAAGUGUAAAGAAAAAUUGGUAUGCCUAUAUUUUGUGGAUCAGCUAAAAAAAAGAAGCUACCUGCUGGAGAAAAUGCAUGAGCGAAUUAGAAGAAAAGAAGAACAGAAAAAAAUAAUGAAGAAGAGGAAAUCUAUCAAUGAGGAGAUGAAUGGAGGUAACUAUGAAGAUAAAGAUGGUGAUGGAGAUGGUGAUGGUGAUGGAGAUGGAGAUGGAGAUGGUGAUGGUGAUGAUGAUGAUGAUGAAGAUGAUGAUGAUGAUGAUAAUGAUAAUGAUAAUGAUGAUGAUGAUAAUAAUGAUGGUGAUAAUAAUAAUGAUAAUCAUAAUGACAUAACUUCACAUAUUCAUAAAGACCCUUCACAUGCACAAAAUAAUUUAAAAAAAAACGAAAGAAAAUUAAAAAGUCAUAUAAAAACAAUUGAACAAUCUUUUUAUAAUUAUAACCAUUAUGUUUUAUUAGGUAGUGAUAAUUCAAGAAUAUAUAAAUACAAUUUAUCAAAUAAUAAAUAUAUAGGUGAAUUUGUGAGUAUGAAUAAAAAUUGUAUUAUAUGGGAUAUUAUAUACAUAUAUAAAACAGAUGAAGUUAUAUGUGUAGAUAAUAACGGUUCGUUAAUAAUAUUUGAUAAUGUGAAUUAUUCUAUAAAAUAUCACUUUAAUAAUCAUAAUUAUAAAUGUAUAUCAGUAUCAAAAUCAUUAAAUGAAGAUUAUCUUUUUUCAGCAGGUGUGGAUCGUCAUAUUAUAAAAUAUACUUUAAGAAAUGUAGGUAAAAAUUUUAAAAUAAAUAAUAGUAUUUAUAAAAAUGGGAAUUAUAAUAACCAACAUAAUAACAAUAAUAAUAUUAUUUCUAAUUAUAAUGAUGAUAUAAAUCAUUCUAUAAAUGAAAAGACUAAUUUAAUACACAAUAUAAAUAAACCGAAAGAAUUAUUUUUUUAUAAUAAAAUAAAAAAAUCUAGAAAAACAAAUAAAAAAUGGUAUUUCAUAUGCAAACAAUCAGCACAUAUUGCUGAUAUAAAGAAAAUGAUAAUAUUUAAUAAUAAUUAUAUAUUAACAAUCAGUGAUGAUCUAACAUUUUGUUUUUAUAGAAUUGAUAAUAAUAGAAAAAUUUAUUAUUCCAUACGAAAUAUUGUAACUAAUACAAGUAUGUUACAUUUUUCUUCCAAUCUUAAAAAUAUUUUAUGUGUAUAUUCAAAACAAAUUAAUAUAUAUUAUAAUCAUAAUAAUAAUAAUUAUAAUAUAGAGAAAAGUAUCGAUGAGAAAAAAGAAGCAUAUGAAAAAGAUAAAUCAAGUAAUAAAAAAAAAAUAGAAUCUACUAAUAUGUCUUUUAUAGAAACAUCUAAUUAUAAACAUAUUGCAAAUAUUACAUAUGAAAAAAAUGAAUUUAUAAAUAUCUGUAAAACAAAUAAAAAAUUUAAUAAAAUAGCUUGUCUGACCAAUAAAAAAUUUAGUAUAUAUAAUUUUAAUAUGACUAAUAUGAAAAUAUAUAAUUAUGAUUUAUCUAAGUUAAACUUUUUUAGGGUUUAUGAUUUUGAUUUUAUAAAUAAUGAUACAUUGAUUGUAUCAAUGAUAAGAUUAAAUUGUGAUCAUAUGGAAAACACUAUUAAUUCUAAUAAUACAUCUGGUGAUAUAAAUCAUAGUAAUAUGAAUAAUUAUAUAAAUAUUGAUCAGUUACAAAUGAGGGAUGAUUAUAUAGUUAAAGGAAGGAAUAAUCAGCCAAAUAAUAUUUGCUCCAAUAAUAAAAAUAAAAAUAAUAAUAAUAAUAAUAAUAAUAAUAAAUAUUUUAAUAAUAAAUAUUUUAAUAAUAAAUAUUUUAAUAAUAAAUAUUUUAAUAAUUAUAAUAUUAAUAAAAAUUUAUACAUGUACCAAAAACAUUUUAGUUAUCAUCUAGUUAUUUAUAAUAUCAAAAAGAAAAAAAUUAAAGAAGAAUUAAAAGUAAACAAUAUUCUUUAUAAUUUUAAACGAUAUAAUCAGAAACAAUUAAUUGUAUGUUCUGAUUUUAUGAAAAAUAUCUAUAUAUUUUUUAAAACCUCAAAAAAAAGCUUUUUAAAAGAUUGUGUUAUAUUAAAUGAAUAUAAUUUAUUACAAAAUAAAAAUAACUGUAUUUGGCUAUUUUACUUUGUUGUGGAACACUUCCUUUUUAUUGUUACAUUGAAUAAUUCUAUAUUUAUAUAUACCAUCGAUUUCAAUAUGAAGAAAAUAUAUUUUUUAAAAAUGACCAGUAUCAAACAGUUUCAUUUUAAUUCCUUUAACGAAAUAUUACUCUUGAAUUUAAAUAAUGAAUAUAAAGAAACACGUGAAGACGACACUUCUUCUGACACAGAAGAAAAGGUUAACAAGGAUCAAUUAAAUUUAGAAAGUAGUAUGGAUCUACCAUGUAGUAAGAAUACAAAUAUGCACAGUGAUGAUAAUAAAGACAAUACAUCAAAAAAUGAAAAACAUUUAACUCAAUAUACAAACGAUCUGAAAAAAAAUAACCAACUUGGACAUUUAAAAUAUAACUACUGCUUGGUCUUAAAAAGUUUGAAUAAAAUUGAAUUAGUUUCAUUGAACAUAUUUGAUGAUUCACAUAUAGAAAUAAAAGUAUCUAAUGCAGAACAUUUAUUAAAAUAUAACAAUAAUACUUUCAAUCAAUAUUAUAUAUCCUCAUUAAAUUUUAAAUAUAAUUUUUUAAAUAUUAAACAAAUGUAUUUUCAAGAUAAAAAUAUUUAUACAAUGAUAAAAAAUGAAUUAAAAAAAACAAGUACAGAAAAUAAUGAACACAUGUUAAAUGAUAAGGAAGAUAAAUAUUGUUCCUAUGAACAACAUCAAAAGAAUUAUCAACAUACAAAUAAUAAAAAUAUUCAUUAUGAUGUUAUUAAUCUUUCAUUCAAAAAAUUUAUUGAAUUAAAAAAAAAAAACAUUAUUAAUGUUCAUUUUAUAUAUACCAGUGAAAAUAAUAUUAUUGUAUUCAUAUGUGUGCCUAAAAAUAUAGACAACACCUUAAUACAUGUAGCAGACACAAAAAAAUAUACAAUGUCGAUGUGA